AUGCCUCGAAGGAGUCGUGGCUGUGAGGCGUGCAAGAAGCGCCGGAUAGGCUGUGAUCUUGGGCAGCCAUCCUGCAACAACUGUCUCAGAGCUGGGCGAACAUGCUCUGGCCCUAUUGAUGGCCCAUUGAUUGUCAAUCAAACCAAUUCGGUUGUCUCCAAAAGUCGGCGCACACGUGUUCCCGGUAUCUCAGGGAGCCGUGGUUCAGUUACUUCAAAGGCUGAUGAUCUUCCGCGUCAACCUUCAUCAUGGGCCAUUGAAUCCGUCGCAUUCACUGGCCAAUUCUUCAACUUCAUCAGUGAUCAGAGUCAGAAGCCGUCGAAAGAGUCAUGGAUUGUCCAAGCCCACACCAAAGGCGUCGGUGAAGAUUCUACAGCGUCCGCGCUGCUCCUUUCUAUCCAGGCCACAUCACUUGCUCAUUGUGGUGCCGUCACAAAGCACCGUCCGGCCACCAGAGAGGCAUGCCGCAUGUAUGGCAUAGCUCUUCAACGGUUGUUCAAGGCUCUCUCCUUGGGCCGGUAUGGAUCAUCAUCUUCAUCAUCAUCGUCGCCAUCAUCGCCGCCUGCAAACCCAUUGGAACAGGUGGCCAUUGUUUGCACGGCCGUAAUUCUGUCCAUCUUUGAGGCCAUCCACCCUACGACGACCACUGCCUACGCCACUCAUCUGGCCGCUGCUUGGAGGAUCCUUGGCCUGAUGCAGGAAGAUUCUUUGAUGGGAGCUCCCGUCCUUGAUCAAGCUGCGAUACAUCUUCAAUUCCAAACUUUAUUUGUAAUGGUAGCAUACCCUAUCCAGUAUAUGACUUCAGCACCAGAAGCACGGCGAUGGAAUGCUCUGGGACGCUCGCGAUAUCAUCAAAUAGCAGACAUUUCAACACGCUUCAUGAUAGAUCUCUUCGAUCUCGCAGAUUUCUUCGCCACACGAAACGGAAAACCCGAUUAUGAAGGCCUCAUCAAGAGCGAUCCUGAUAUCGAAGAACGAAUCAAUGGUCUAUGGGAAGAAUACAAUGAAGAAGCAAGGUCGGCUGGGGUCCGCCUGCAAUGGGCACUGGAAAAUGACGAGCAGUGCUACCGUGAUGCGUACACAGCCUUUGUCAUCGCCUACUUUUCCACGGCGCGAUUACUCCUAGCAGUACUCCGCAUGGACGUUGAAUCGAACAUAACUGAGCCAUGCGAUGACAUUCUACGGUGUUCCGCCUUUCUCGCAACACGCAACAUCGGCUGUGCGUGCCUGCGCAUGUUUUUCCCGCUCACAUUAGUAGCGAGGUUCAGCACCAGUCCUCGUCAGCGCGGAGCGGCAUUUCGGUACCUGUCUGGCUGGUUGCAAGAUGCUACUUUUACGGGUCUGAGCAUCGUCGCCAUCAGAUCAGUCAAUCCUCAUUCAUCCGCAAAAGAGGACAGCUUAAUAACAUAG